AUGAAGUUCUCUGUCCUCUGCCUCCUGACUGUGGCCUUUGUGCCUUUGCUCUCUGCUCUGAAAGAUGAACAUUGUCCAGAGAGCGUUUUGAAUGGUCCUCUCUUUCCUUGCCAGGAGCAGUGCUCCAGAGACAGGGACUGUGAGAGGAACAUGAAGUGUUGCUACACGGGUUCUUGGGCACCUGUGUUACGACCCACGUGGAGGAGCAGUGCUCCAGAGACAGGGACUGUGAAGAGGAACAUGAAGUGUUGCUACACGGGCUGUGGGCACCUGUGUUACGACCCACGUGGAGUGUCCACAGACGUGCCGAAACCCAAACCAGGAUCGUGUCCUAAACCAUACCGCUUUGACAAGUGUAUCCAGAAAUGCGACACUGACCGAGACUGUGAGGGGAAACUGAAAUGCUGCUUCAACGGCUGUGGCUUCGAGUGUAUGGACCCUGUACAUGGCAACCAUUGA